UUCACGCGCAGAAUUAGAAUAUAUAUAUACCUUACUUCACUUUAAUAUGAAAAACCUAGCCUCAAAUCCGAAAACUCUCCUUUUGAAUCGUCUCUCUUUACGUUCGUAGUUGUCCAUGGCAUUGAAUAAUUCACGUAAAUAAAUAAAGAAUGAAAAUAACUAGAUAUAAAAAGGUGCACAAGUACCUGAGUUUCUACAUGAAUAAUUAUCAAUUUAGGCCACCGUUUCAAGUACUAAUUGAUGGAACUUUCUGCUUUGCUGCCCUUCAGGAAAAAUUUAAUAUUCAAGAUCAGCUGCCAAAAUACUUCCAACAAGAGACAAAACUACUGACUACCCCAUGUGUUAUUAUGGAAACCGAGAAACUGGGUCAGCGAACCCACGGAGCAAUGUUAAUAGUCAAAAAAUUUCCAGUGCACAGGUGCAGUCAUGAGAAGCACCCAACAACGGGUUCCAAGUGUCUCAGGUCUAUGAUAAAAAAGGGUAAUCCAUCCAGAUACAUAAUAGCAACGCAGGAUAGAGAGCUUCAGGAGAAGCUCCGUGAACUAGCAGGAACGCCUCUGCUCUACCUCCAUGGAAAGGUGCCUACCCUGGACCCUCCCUCCCAGGCCAGCAAGGACAACGCUCAGAACAGGCUCGGUCAAGUCUUUCUCAAAGAUUAUCAGAUGGAUAUCCUCAAAGAAUUGAAGCAGACCUCGGGACUCCUCCCCCAGGAUGAGACCAAAGUCAAGAAGAAAAAGAAAAAAGGCCCGAAUCCCCUCAGCUGCAAGAAGAAGCAAAAAAAGUCCACUAUCACCGUAAACUCAAAAGCAUCUGGCAAAGUCCGGAAACGAAGAAAAACUAAAAUUCCCUCACACGUCAAGAAAAUCUUAAAGACAGAAACCAAUAAAGAAUGAAUUUAAUAUAUUUUUAUCCAAC